AUUAGACAAAUACGAUGCGAGCAUUAAAUUGAAUACAAUUGUAAAUUAAGUGUAAAAAGUGCAUAUAAAUUCUAAUUAAUGGUGUCUAUCCAGUUAGAAAUAACUACAACGCGGAGACGCGGCUUUGUUUUAUAUAGAUAUUGUUGAUCCUGCGAAUGUAAUCAGCCAACAUGGGCAUAUUUACUACUUCUUCUCCUUUUGACCAAGAUGUUGAGCGGGCGACGAGCGAGAACAACACGAGCGAAGAAUGGGGCCUGAUCAUGGAGAUCUGCGACCGCGCGGGCGCGUCGGCCGCGAGCGCGCGCGACUGCCUGCGCGCCGUGCUGCGGCGCCUGGCGCACGCCGACCCGCACGUGCAGGUGCACGCCGCCACGCUGCUGGACGCCUGCGUGGCCAACUGCGGCCGCGCCUUCCUGCUCGAGGUGGCGUCGCGCGACUUCGAGCUGGAGUUCCGCCGCCUGCUGGCGCGCGCGCAGCCGCCCGUGGCGCAGCGCCUGCGCGCGCUGCUGCGCAAGUGGGCCGACGGCGAGUUCCGCGACGACCCGCAGCUCGACCUCAUCCCCUCGCUGCACGCCAAGCUGGCGGCCGAGGCGGGCGAGCGCGCGCCGCCCGGGCCCGCCGGCGCCACCGCUGCCACCGCCGCCACCGCUGCCACCACCGCCACCGCCGCCGCCGCGCAGCGUGAGCAAGACGAGCUGGCGCGCGCCAUCGCGCUGUCUCUCCGCGAGGCGGGCCCUCCUGUUGGCACCGCUGCGUCCAGCACCCUAUACCCGCGUGUCGACACGGCCGACGCGCCGGCUCCCCGCAAAGUGCGCGCCCUUUACGACUUCGAGGCGGCCGAGGACAACGAACUCACUUUCCUCGCGGGUGAAAUCGUUCACGUGACGGAUUCGAGUGACCCUAACUGGUGGAAAGGCUACAAUGAUCGCGGCGAGGGCCUGUUUCCAGCUAAUUUUGUAACUUCUGAUCUCAGCGAACCACAACCCGAGAGUGAAUCGCGCGGCGGCAAGAGCGUGCAGUUCGCGGCGCGCGUGGACUCGGUGGAGAGUGGUGUGGGGGGUGCGGGGGGUGCGGAGGGUGCGGGGGUAGUCGAGGAGGAGGUGUGCAUCGACGAGGCUUGCAUGGACGCGGCGCUGGCGCUGCUGCACGAGGCGGACCCGACGGCGGGCGCGCAGGACGAGCGCGCGCUGGCGCGGCUGGAGGCGCGCGUGCACGCCAUGGGGCCGCUGGUGGACGCGGCGCUGGAGCGCGCCGACCGCCGCCACGCGCGCCUCACGCAGCUCAGCGCCGACUUGGUGGACGCGCUCAACCUCUACCACUCGCUCAUGCGCGACCCGCCCAAGCCGCUCUACGCACCGCCCUACCCGCCCCCGAUGCUGCCGCCCGGCGUAGCGCCCGGCGUGCCGCCCGGCGUAGCACCCGGCGUAGCACCCGCCGCGCCCGCCGCGCCCGGUGUUAUGCCGCCGCACCAGCCCAGGUGCUGAUGUCGCCGCCGAGUGCUGCUGUAAAUAUAUUUGUCACUGUUCUGAUAUAAAUUAUUGUUUAUCCUUCUAAUUAUAUACUUAAAAUAAUAAAUAAUAUAUUUAAACC